GCGCCCGGUACCCCCGGAGGGUGCUGCGGGCGUCGGCAGGGCCGGGGGAGUGGGCGAAGCUGCUGGUUGGUGCCUGAAAUCUGUGCGUUGCCCCUUUAAUUGUGUCCCCAGCCCUCGGGCGUUUCUGUCCAACGCCCACGUCAGCAAAUACCUUUUGUUUCUCUCACGUUGGGGCUACUUGUUUUAGGGCGCAAAGGAGCGGCUUCGAGAGGGGCCCUUCUCCCCCCGGGAACCCGGACUCGGCCCCGGCCCGCCGCGGCCCGCGGACAAGCUUACAAAGAUUGUGUUUGACUUGGGAUCUUCCCUUUUUACUUCAUUCAACUGACUUGGCAGAAUUUCAAGAGCAGCAUUCAUAAAUUUGCAAAAUGGAGAUCUCUUCUCACCAGUCUCACCUCCUGCAGCAACUGAAUGAGCAGCGCAGGCAAGAUGUGUUUUGUGACUGCAGUAUUCUAGUCGAAGGCAAGGUCUUCAAAGCACAUCGAAAUGUCUUAUUUGCUAGUAGUGGCUACUUUAAAAUGCUGCUUUCCCAGAAUUCAAAGGAGACAAGCCAGCCCACUACAGCCACCUUUCAGGCUUUCUCCCCUGACACCUUCACUGUCAUCCUGGACUUCGUCUAUUCUGGAAAACUCUCUCUAACCGGUCAGAACGUUAUAGAAGUGAUGUCAGCUGCUAGCUUCCUUCAGAUGACUGACGUCAUUAGUGUAUGUAAGACCUUUAUUAAAUCUUCAUUAGACAUUAGCGAAAAAGAAAAGGAUCGCUAUUUCAGUCUAUCCGAUAAAGACGCCAAUUCAAAUGGCAUAGAACGUUCCUCUUUUUAUAGCAGUGCCUGGCAAGAAGAAAGUGGUUCUCCACAUUCUCUCCUAAGCCCUGAGCAGGGAACAGGUGUAAUAAGUGGGAAAUCUUGGAGUAAGUAUAAUUACCAGCCAGUCUCCCAAAGGAAUACUCAACAAGCUUUGCUCAAGCAUGAACACAGGAAAGAUUCCAUUAAAAAGACCAAACAUUUGAGGUUGACACAGCCUUCUGAAGUUGCUCAUUAUAAGUCAAGCAAGCGGGAAGUACGGACAUCUGAUUCUUCUACCCACAUGCCCCAGUCAGAAGAACAAGCACAAACCGAUCCUGAAAUGGACUCUACUCCUAUUGGCUAUCAGUAUGGUCAAGGAUCUGAUGUCAUACCCAGAAGUUUUCCAGAUGACCUGCCCAGGAUGCGAUUCAAGUGUCCGUACUGCCCACAUGUGGUGAAGCGGAAAGCAGACCUGAAGCGCCACCUUCGCUGUCAUACAGGAGAAAGGCCCUACCCGUGUCAAGCCUGCGGAAAGAGAUUCAGCAGGCUCGACCAUCUAAGUAGCCAUUUUCGAACAAUUCACCAAGCAUGCAAACUAAUCUGCCGAAAAUGCAAACGCCAUGUAACUGAUCUAACUGGGCAAGUGGUGCAGGAAGGAACCAGGCGCUAUAGACUGUGCAAUGAGUGCCUUGCUGAAGUUGGCAUAGACAGCCUCCCCAUUGAUUUGGAAGCUGAACAGCAUCUUAUGUCCCCAUCAGAUGGAGAUAAAGAUUCCAAAUGGCACUUGAGUGAAGAUGAGAAUAGAUCAUACGUGGAGAUCGUAGAGGACGGGUCUGCUGAUCUGGUCAUCCAACAGGUUGACGAUAGUGAAGAAGAAGAAGAAAAGGAAAUGAAGCCCAACAUUAGUUGCUUCAAGGCUAGAUGGUGUACAUCAGCUUCGCCCUUGUCCCAACAUGACGUUUCCUGCAUGGGGAAUCUUAACAAGAAAUACAUCCACCAGGAAUACAGCAGUGGAAAACCGGCGCCUGUAACCUUGGCAUCGGAUGCUCCAGUACUUAGAGUCCAUGUUGAAGAACGAAAGCCAAGGAUUUGUCCCCACCCAGCGCCCAGGCGGGCGGCCAGCUGACUUGCUGUGCUGUUUCCAGGGAAGACGCCAGCUGUGAGUGGGACUGAGGAGUAGGAAUCUUUCUUUUCAGUCCUGUUUCCCUCCAUGACUACUUUUCCUAGUAAGUUAUCAGAGUUCGACAGUUACACCCCAGAGAAGCCUGCGACCUACCAGACAUACCCCUAAAGUUAGACUGAGGGGGUGGGCUGGAUGGAAAAUGUUCUGUCACGCCUGGUGGGUGCCCAAUAAGGAGCCCACGUUUGCUGAGUCCCAGUCCUCCGAGGAGGCACUCCUGCCGUCCCCAUUUAAACCAGGAAUAAACAGGCUUCAGAAGUGGAAUGAGUGGCCCCAAAGUCACCCACGAUGGCAGGGCAUAGUGGGAUCCCGGCCCAGGGGUAACUACCACAGCUUAAAACCUAAGCCGUGCCUCUGCAAGGGGAGAGCUGACCUGUUGCACCCCAGCUCUAGGCUACAAUGGAGCAGCCCCGCGUAGAGCUCGUGGUUUCGCUGGACCUGGUUCAGUUACCCUUGGUCAAUCACCACCAUCCGAAAACGUGUACAAUAAGACACUAAGAGUCCACAUUCCCAUAACUUUUAUUACACUAUGUUGCUACAGUUGUUCUGUUUUAUUAUGAGUUAUUGUUAAUCUGUCACUGUACUUAAUUUAUAAAUUAAACUAUGAACAAAAUAGUAUAUAUAAGGUUCCACACUAAGCUGAUUUCAGGCACCUGGGGCAGGGCUCUUGGAACCUUGUCCUCACCCUUCAGGGGAGCCUACUAUACUGUGGUGUGACCAACAAAGUGUUUCACUGCCUUAGGCAUUUGCAACUUGCAAUUUUCACACACACACACACACACACACGCACACACACACACACACACCACCCUCCCCUACCCACCCAUGCCCUGAUAAAGGGAGAAAGUACCAUGUGCUAGAAGUGUAUUUCUUCAUUGAAUAUGUAUCUUAGUAUCUACCAUUUGCAGCUGCCUCUAAAUCCCCAGACCCCAGCAUCAAUUCAAAUAAUUUGGGAGGGGAGAGCAUCACAUUAAUGUUUUACACAAAAACAAGUACAGAUUUAAAAAACAUCCCAACAGGGGCCUCCCCGGUGGCGCAGCGGUUGAGCG